ACUAAACUUUCCAGUUUUAGUAACCCUUCUAAUAGAAUUCCAAUUUUCUCCUCUACUACUUGAAAUCUCGUUAACCAGUUAUUAAGAUUUCCCUUUAUAGGAACUUUUUCUCUUCCUCUACAUAUCUGGGUUUUCUUUAGAGAUUUUAUGGAGCUUUAGAUUCCAUAGUAAGUUAAUUUUUUGAUUGGGAAUCACUUGGUCUUCAGAAUUUGAUAUUCGAUUCAUUUCACCUAAAUUCUCAUUUCAUCUUCUUGAUGUAGAAUUUGCGGCAGCUUUGGGGACUUAAAUUUUGGCUGUCAUCUUUGUUUUCCCCCUCUGAGGUUGAGGUUGGUGUUUGAAAAAAGUCUGAAAAUAGAUGAAUUUGUUGAGGAAAUUCCUGGGUUUUGGGAAGAAGAUAGGGAAAGCUUUUCAGGAUCGAAUUGUCCAAGAAAAGGGGGAUGGCUAUUGGGUUCCUCCGAGAACACAAAUGGAGGUCGGCGAACAAUUUGGUGGCAAUACCCGAAAUUUGCUAUUCGAGGAUCCUUUUAACUAUUCAGAGCUCAUGAACUUGGAUGCUUAUGGUGGUUGGUGUAGUAGCAGUGCAACUACAGAUCAGAUGUUUGCCUCUUUUGGGUUCUUUUCAUAUCCAUCCAUGUCACAUGCCUCUUUUGAUUCAACAAAUAGUAUAGGACAAAGUUCUAGUACAUAUGUUGAAUCUGGUUAUGCAUUAGGUGGAAUGGAUAGUUCUUAUAAUUGUGCAGACAGAACGGUGUUCCUGAAAACAGAUGAACACUUCGGUAAUACUGUGGAUUCCAAAGGUGUAGAACUCGGUGUUAGACAGCAUACUGAUGGUAACAAGCAAAAUGACACUUCAUAUUUGGGUAAUUUGUUAAUAUCUAGGCCAAUUGGACGAUCACUUGAUGAGAAGAUGCUUAGAGCACUGUCCUUGUUUAAGGAUUUAUCCGGAGAGGGCAUUUUGGCACAAGUUUGGGUUCCAAUUAAGCAUGGAGAUCAGUACAUGUUGACCACCUCAGAUCAGCCGUAUUUACUAGACCAGAUGCUUUUAGGUUAUCGUGAAGUUUCGAGGACGUAUACCUUCUCUGCAGAACAGAAACCGGGUUCUUUUCCAGGGCUUCCGGGUCGUGUUUUUUUAUCUAGAGUUCCUGAGUGGACUUCCAAUGUAAUCCAUUACAGUAAGGCUGAGUACUUGCGGAUUACACAUGCCGUCAAUCAUGAAGUCCGUGGUUCUAUUGGCUUACCGGUUUUUCAGCCUCCUGAGAUGUCUUGUUGUGCUGUGCUCGAACUUGUGACUACAAAAGAGAAACCCAAUUUUCAUUCAGAAAUGGAGCAUGUCUGCCAUGCUCUCGAGGCUGUGAAUUUAAGGACCAUUGCUCGUCCUCGAUUUCUUCCACAGUGCCUCUCAAAGAAUCAGAGAGCUGUUUUAGCUGAAAUAACUGAUGUUUUACGAGCUGUAUGUCAUGCGCAUAGCUUACCUUUGGCUCUAACAUGGAUUCCUUGUAAUUACACCGAGGAAGCUGAGAAUGAAUAUAUAGAAAUGCGUGUUAGAGAGGGUAAUAAGAGUUGGGAUGGGAAGUGUGUUUUAUGUAUCGAAGAUACAGCCUGUUACGUUAAUGAAAGAGAGAUGCAAGAUUUUGUGCAUGCAUGUGUGGAACAUUAUCUCGAAGGAGGACAAGGUAUAGCCGGAAAAGCACUUCAAUCCAAUCAUCCGUUCUUCUCUGCAGAUGUAAAGACAUAUGACGUAAGUGGUUAUCCACUCGUCCAUCAUGCUCGUAAGUUUAACCUGAAUGCUGCAGUUGCAAUCCGGCUGAGAAGCACCUACACCGGUGAUGAUGAUUAUAUACUCGAGCUUUUUCUUCCUAUUAACAUGAAAGGAAGUUUGGAACAACAACUCUUGUUGAAUAACCUCUCGGGCACCAUGCAACGAAUCUGUAGGACUUUGAGAACUGUUUCAGAUGCAGAAAUUGUCGGAGAACGGUCAAAAUUUGACUUUCAGAGUGUAACGGUCCCGACCUUCCCCCCAAUGGCUAUGUCUCAGAGGAGCUCAGAAACAGCAUUAUCUGCUGAUAGUGACAUGAAUUCCAAUCAUAGCAUUCCCUUUAAUGAAUCUAAUUCAAUAAGUGAUGGAAAGGAAGCUGAUGGUCCUCCUGAAAAGGCAAUCAGUGGACUGCCGAGGCAAAAGAGAAGUACAACAGAAAAAAAUGUGAGCUUCAGUGUUCUUCAGCAGUAUUUCUCAGGAAGUCUGAAGGAUGCUGCAAAAAACAUCGGUGUUUGCCCCACUACACUGAAAAGGAUAUGCAGACAACACGGUAUCUCAAGAUGGCCGUCUCGCAAGAUUAACAAGGUGAAUCGGUCAUUGAAAAAGAUACAAACUGUUCUAGACUCUGUGCAAGGAGUUGAUGGAGGAUUGAAGUUCGACCCGGCCACAGGAGAAUUUGUUGCGGCAGGGACUGUUAUCCAAGAACAUAAUCCCGAGAAAACACUAAUGUUCUCAAACAAAAACCCUCCCAUCGGAAUAUCCGAAGCUUUCAAUCACGAGAAAUCAUCAGCACCUUUAGCAUCUUGCCUUGAUGGAGAGGAUUCAGUGGUUAAGUGGGAUGAAAACGAGUGUUCUUUUGGUGGAAACAACAACGAGGCUGCAAGGAGUCUGCUCAUUCCAAGUAUCUGUCAAGAAGUAAAGAAAUCUAUUGUCCCUUUAAAUGAUUGUAGUGAGGACUCUAAGUCGGUUGCCGGUGCUGCAUCUUGGAUUUGUCCCAAAAAUGCAACUAUUGGGUCGUAUUUCCGGCAAGGAGACAACAUGUGGGGCUUGAACAAGGGGAAUCCGAAAGUAGAGAUUGCCGACUGCCACUUCGUGUCUCUGAACUCAAGCUCCUUAGCUGCUACCGAUGAGAUGGAUACCCGAAAGGAAGGUGAUGAUGGGAUUGAUGAAUAUAACCGCCAACAUACUUCUUCAAGCAUGACAGACACUUCAAAUGUCUCUGGUUCAAGGUUACAUGGAAGUUCAUCAAGCUCUGAGAAAUCUAUGGAAGCCAAAUAUUCUAGAAUGAAAACUUGUGUUGAUAGCAGCUCGAAAAUUACCAUAAAAGCUACUUACAAAGAAAAUACAGUCCGUUUUAAGUUUGAGCCAUCUGCAGGAUGCUUCCAAGUAUAUGAAGAAGUUGCAAAAAGGUUCAAAGUUCAAAACGGGACAUUCCAACUGAACUAUUUAGAUGAUGAAGGGGAAUGGGUAAUGUUGGUUAGCGACUCGGAUUUACACGAGUGUCUGGAAAUAAUGGAGUAUGUCGGAACUCGAAGCGUUAAGUUUCAAGUUCGAGAUGUACCUUGUACUAUGGGCAGUUCUAGCAGUAGCAAUUGUUUCUUAUCCCGUAACUCAUAGCAGAUAUGCUGAUGCUCCUCGGCUAUCAAUCAUCAGUCUUUCAUAGUAGUUUUUUGAACUCGAUCCGGCUUCUGCAUUCACGCAUUGCUUCAUUUGAUUUCCCAUCACACAUGAAAGGAUAAGAAGAUGUGAGCAUAGAUUAUAUUUAUUAAAUUGUAUAGGGUUGUAUAUGUUAGGAGGGAGCAAUAGAAAUAAGAUCAUAGUUAUAGUUUAUGUUACACAAAACUUUUUAUUUAAGUAUCAAUAUCCGACCCUUGUAUGUUGUAUUUUAGAAA